AUGAAGACAGUCUUUCUGCUAGCUGCACUAAUGGCUUAUGGCUUGUCUGAGGUGCAAGGAGACUUGCUUCAAUUCCAGAAAAUAAUUGGAAAGCUCACGAGGAAGGAUGCAUUGUUUAGCUAUGGCUUUUAUGGCUGCUACUGUGGCUGGGGAGGCAGGGGAACCCCCAAGGAUGCUACUGACAGGUGCUGUAUGGUCCAUGACUGCUGCUAUUUAAAACUGAUGAUGAAAGGCUGCAAACCCUACACCCAAACCUACAAUUAUAAAUACCGGGCAGGUUCCUUCACAUGCGGGUCUGGAACAUUCUGUCAGAAGCAAACCUGUGUCUGUGAUGUAGUAGCUGCCCGCUGUAUGCAGAGAAACCGGAAGACUUACAAUCCCAAGUAUCGCAACUACCCCAAUAUCCUGUGUGAAAGGAAAAAUCCUCAAUGCUGA